AUGAGGGUGGGUAACCAACUUAGCAGACUGAGGAAUCAGCUCAACAAUGAGAAGCUCAUCAGAACCAAGGGGUUGUGGGGCCCCGUCCAUGAGCUCGGCCACAACUAGCGGCGGCAGGAGUGGGAGUUUCCCCCGCAUACCACUGAGGCCGCAUGCAAUCUGUGGUGUAUUUACGUGCGCGAAACAGUCUUGCACAUCCCUUGAGGUUGUGCCAGUAUUGCUCUGUGGCCUCCAGUUCGGGAGAAGAGAGUCCGAAUCUACCUGGGCAAGGGUGUGAAAAACUGGAAUGCGUGGACUGUCCUGGAAAUGUAUCUACAGCUACAGGAGGCCUUUGGUUGGGAGCUUUUCAUCCGUCUCUUCACUGAGUAUAGGAACCAGACCAACUUGCCCACAGACAAUGUGGACAAAAUGAAUCUAUGGGUGAAGAUGUUCUCCCACCAAAUGCAGAAGAAUCUGGCUCCAUUCGUUGAGGCCUGGGCCUGGCCUAUCCAGAAGGAAAUGGCUACCAGCCUGGCCUAUCCUGAAUGGAAGGAAAAUAUAAUGAAAUUAUACCUCCUC